GGCCGUUCACAUCCUGCUCUUCUAUUGGGUCUCCGGGAUGACGUCGAGCGCAGCCAGCCAAUGAAGAUUGGCCAUGGGCGGUGCGUUCAGCCAAUGGGACCAGGGCGGGAGAUUUGAAAGUGUCUCGGCAGGGACGGGAUCGGGCAAAUUCGGCUGCUUGCAGCUCUCCUCCCCUUUCUCUCUGAGGAUGGCCCAGAAGGAGAACGCCUACCCCUGGCCCUAUGGCCGGCAGCCGUCUCAGUCAGGCCUGAACACCCUGCCCCAGAGAGUUCUGUGGAAGGAGCCCACCACCCCGUCCGCACUUGUCCUCAUGAACCGCUCCAACGGCCAGCCCGCAGCUGUCCCUGGCCAGAAGGUCGUGGAGAACAGCAAUGGGGCGCCGAACUUCACGCGGCCGCUCACGAUCGAUGACUUUGAAAUUGGGCGUCCCCUGGGCAAAGGCAAAUUUGGAAAUGUGUACUUGGCUCGGGAGAAGAAAAGCCAUUUCAUCGUGGCACUCAAGGUCCUCUUCAAGUCUCAGAUCGAGAAGGAGGGCGUGGAGCACCAGCUGCGGAGGGAGAUUGAGAUCCAGGCCCACCUGCAGCAUCCCAACAUCCUGAGGCUCUACAACUAUUUCUAUGACCGGCGGCGGAUCUACUUGAUUCUAGAGUAUGCCCCCCGAGGGGAGCUCUACAAGGAGCUGCAGAAGAGUCGCACCUUCGACGAGCAGCGGACAGCCACGAUCAUGGAGGAGCUGGCGGAUGCUUUGAUGUACUGCCACGGGAAGAAGGUGAUUCACAGAGACAUAAAGCCCGAGAAUCUGCUCCUAGGGCUCCAGGGGGAGCUGAAGAUCGCUGACUUCGGCUGGUCUGUGCAUGCUCCCUCCCUGAGGAGGAAGACAAUGUGCGGCACCUUGGACUACCUCCCCCCAGAGAUGAUCGAGGGGCGCACGCACAACGAGAAGGUGGAUCUGUGGUGUAUCGGGGUGCUCUGCUAUGAGCUGCUGGUGGGCAACCCCCCUUUCGAGAGUGCCUCACACAACGAGACUUACCGGCGCAUCGUCAAGGUGGACCUCAAGUUCCCCGUUUCUGUGCCCGCGGGGGCCCAGGACCUCAUCUCCAAGCUGCUCAAGCACAACCCCUCCGAUCGGCUCCCCCUGGCCCAGGUCGCAGCCCACCCUUGGGUCCGGGCCCACUCCCGCAGGAUGCUGCCUCCGUCCGCCCUGCAGUCUGCCCCCUGAGGGUCUGCGCGGCUUACUGAGCUGCGUCUGCUCGUGUGUCUGGUUGUGCAGGCGGAAAGGAGGGCUCUGGCUAUUCCCUUAUCUGUCUUCUGCCUCCUUUUUAUUUAAUAAACCUGUAGCUUUUUGUA